AUGGGUGGGAGAACCCCUCUUCUUGUCCUCACCUUUUCUCUUGCUGUUCUGAGCAUUGAGCUUGGGAUUUCUCAUGGUUGUCGUGAGAAGGAGAGGAAAGCCCUCAUCGACUUCAAGCGUGGACUUCAUGAUCCUUCCGAUCGUCUCUCUUCCUGGGUCGGGGAGGACUGUUGUGCGUGGGAACGUGUUGGCUGCAGCAACAUCUCUGGUCAUGUUAUCAAGCUGGAUCUUCGGAAUAGACGUCGAAUGGAUCUAUAUGAGGGCUGCUCUCAACAGGAAGUUAAUGAUGAUCCAGGAUGCAAAUGGGCAGUGCGUGGUGACAUAACUCCAUCUCUGCGUUCUCUCCAACAACUUAAUCACCUGGACCUCAGCGGCAACUAUUUUACGCAUAAACCUAUCCCCAAGUUCUUGGGAGCUUUCAGAAGACUAACAUAUCUUAACCUGUCAGGUGCAGGCUUCAUGGGUAGAGUACCUGACCAGCUCGGAAAUCUAUCCACUUUGCAGCAUCUCGACCUUUCUUAUAACUGCUAUAGGGAUGAUGAAGGUGGUGGCUUCUGCUUGUACCUUGAGAACACUGGUUGGAUUUCUCUGCUCACUUCCCUUCGGCACCUUAACAUGAAUCGUGUUCAUCUUACAAAUGCGUCCAACUGGUUACAAGAUCUGAAUGCGCUCCCACGUGUUCAAGAGAUUGAACUAAGUUCUUGUGACUUGGGGACCUUUCCACGUUCGCUGUCUCAUGUCAACUUCACAUCUCUUAUCACGCUUGAUUUACGAUACAAUUAUAUAAACUCCACCAUACCGGAUUGGGUGUUCAAUAUUACUAGCCUCGAGUUCCUUUAUCUUGGUGGGAAUGACCAGCAUGGAUUCUUUCCUGAUUCUGUUGCAAAGUUAACAUCUCUCAGGGCACUCGACUUGUCUGGGAGUGUGUUCCAAGAUGGCUUCAUGCAAGUAGCUCCUAUAUCCAACAUCUGCAAGCUCCAAAUUCUCUACCUACGCUCUGUGCCUAUCCAUGAUGUGCUUGCCAAUCUAGAAAUGGUUUUCUCUGGAUGUCUUAGGUAUAGCAUGGAGGAAUUAGACCUCAGCAACACCCAUCUGAGUGGUUCCUUUCCGGAUUGGCUAGGGAACAUCAAGAAUCUCAAAUCUCUUAAUCUUUCUUUCAACUCCCUCUAUGGAUCAGUGCCUGCGUCUAUCGGGAAUCUGUCAUUGCUGCAACAUUUGGUUUUAUGUUUCAAUGAUUUGAAUGGGACGAUUUCGGAAGGCAUCGGACAACUGAAGAGCCUUGUUUAUUUGGAUCUCAAUAGUAACUCGUUGAGCUUAUCAGAGAUCCAGUUGGCUAAUCUAUCAAGUUUAAGGUAUUUGGACAUUUCGAGCAACUGCAACUCGAGAAAAAAUGGUGCAGGAGUAAUAGACAUGAUUCUUGACGGGCUUCCUUCUGGUCUUGAGUAUUUGGAUCUUUCUCACAACUCUCUUAAUGGAUCAUUGCCUGCAUCUCUUGGAAAUUUCUUGUUGUUGCAUUCUUUGAUUUUAAGUUCCAAUUAUUUGACUGGAAUGCUUCCGGAAGGCAUCAAAUGGUUGAAGGGCCUCGUCAGAUUGAAUCUCUGUAAUAACUCUUUGAGAUUGUCGGAGGACGACCUUGCUAAUCUAUCAAGUUUGAAAUAUUUGGAAAUUUCAUACAACUCUAUACAAUUGAACAAAAGCGGUGAUUGGAUUCCUCCCUUUCAGCUUAACACUCUUUACAUGGGAUUCUGUCAAAUACUGCCUGUGCCUCAUUUUCCGAAAUGGCUCCGAACACAAAACGCUCUUUGUGAAUUAGAUUUAUCAAACACUGGUAUCGAAGAAACAAUUCCCAACUGGCUUUCAUCCAAUCUGCGAUAUUUGUAUCUCUCCAAUAACAAGAUUACUGGUAAGGUGCCACAAUUCUUUCCAAAAUUGAAGUAUCUAAUUCUUUCAAACAACUCGUUCUCAGGGGAUCUUCCACCAAGAAUCUCAAACACAAUGCCACGCUUACAAUGGUUAGAUCUAUCUAUGAAUAAUUUGAGCGGCGGGAUUCCCUUCUCUUAUUGUCGAUCGAGGUAUUUGGAAGGGCUUCUGCUUUCCGAAAAUAAUUUGUCAGGAGGUGUUCCUAAUUGUUGGAAAAAUCCCUCAAAUUUACUUCUUUUAGACUUAUCAAGCAACAAAUUAGUAGGUGGAAUCCCUGAUUCAGUCUGUAAUUUGCAAACGCUGGAGUCACUGCACUUGAGGCGCAAUAAUUUAUCCGGGCCGAUUCCUCUUUGUUUAAAGAGUUGCACAGAACUCGUUACUCUAGACCUCGGCCACAAUAAUUUUAUCGGGAAUAUACCAACUUGGAUCGGAGAAAGCCUCUUGUACCUGAAGACACUCAGCUUACGCUCGAAUGCUUUCACUGGCAGCAUUCCUCAAUUAUCUUCUCUAGCAUCUCUUCGUAUCUUGGAUUUCUCCAACAACAAUCUUUCAGGAAUAAUACCACGGAGCUUUGGAAACUUCAGUGCAUUAAAAGGCACUCCUACCUAUCAUUGUUGUUACUUCAACAACAAUCGACCCUACGAGGAAGUUAUGUGGCUCUUCGUAAAAGGAAGUGAAAUCAAGUAUACCACCACCAGUCAACUUUCAAUUGAUACACUUAUUGAUCUCUCCAACAAUUACUUAUCUGGAAACAUCCCUGAAGAGUUGGGGAAUUUGCAUGGAUUGCGGAGCUUAAAUCUAUCCAAAAAUUAUCUUAUAGGUCAAAUACCAAGAAGUAUUGACGGAAUGAAACAACUGGAAGUUCUCGAUCUAUCAAGAAAUAAUCUCUCGGGUGCAAUUCCUUCCGGUUUGGCAACUUUGAAUUUCUUGAACCAAUUGAAUUUAUCAUAUAACAAUCUUUCAGGAAGGAUUCCCACUGGCAACCAGUUGCAAACUUUUACUGAUCUAUCUGUCUACGCUGGCAAUCCAAAUCUUUGUGGCCCUCCUCUCCCUAAAAAUUGUACGAUGAAUAUGACGAAGGCUGAUGAAGAAGAUCAAGAUGAAGAUUCUUAUGAGAGUAGCAUGGAAGCACUUUGGUUAUACACGAGCAUCACACUGGGAUUUAUUACUGGAUUUUGGGCAAUUUGUGGAAGCCUUUUGUUGCGACGAACAUGGAGGAUCGUGUACUUUCGCGCCAUUGAUAACAUGUAUGACAAGCUAUACGUGGUGACGGUAGUGACCGUGACAAAAUACAAAAGGAAGCUACGAUAA